AUGAGAAUCCGGUUUCUUUCCUUGGCGAUUGCGCCAUCUACUAUAUGCGCCUACUCAAGUUUCACUACAGCGCCAACAUUUCUCGACAGCUCCCUCCUCUGCGCGAGUACCUUGUUUCAACCUUUGUACUGCGGACGCAGCAACCGCGAUGGCCUCAUAACCAACUUGCAAUUGGAAGAGGAACAUUGUCUGACGGCUCCUAUCGUAAGAGCUCCUUCCAAUACCACAUGGGAGGUCAGACCUUCCAUUGGCAAGGGAUUGGGCGUCUUUGCCACAGCUUUGAUCAAGACCGGGACGCGUAUCAUGGUCGAGGAGCCGUUAUUCUCCAUCAACCCUCCCGAGUUCGUUCCAGGCAAGGGCUAUGAGAUACAGGCCAUGAUAGACGACGUAGACGUGGCAGUUGCAGGUCUGACGGCGGAGCAGCGCAGCGACUUCCACUCUUGCCACGAGUACCGGCUCCCGAGUGAGCAGGAGUCGGACGAGCACCGCAACAUGUUCAUAUUCCGGAGCAACGCCUAUACGCUGACGGACGGGACGGUGGCCAUGUUCCCCAAGAUUGCCAAGAUCAACCACUCGUGCCGGCCGAACGCGGCCAACGUCUGGAGCGAGGCAUCCGGCCUCAGAAUCAUCUGGGCCGCGCGAGAUAUCCAGGCAGGAGAAGAGGUGACUGUCACCUACGCGCCACUGCUCAAGUCGCAUGCCGGGCGCCAGAGCCGUCUGUCCCAGUACGGCUUCCAAUGCACGUGUGCGGCUUGCGUGGAUCACGAGCGUACGGACUCAGAGAGGGUGAAGAUGGGCAAGUACCUAUCAGAGCUGGAGGAUAGACUGACGCGCAACACCUCAGAGUUUGCCAACAAGAAGCUCUUGCCAAAGGCCUUGGCCCUGGUUGAAAUGCUCGAACUUGAGCAUAUGAUGGAUUAUCUGCCGAACGCAUAUUACGUAGCUGCCGAAAUCUCACUCCGAUUGAAAGACAGCCUAGCAGCCUCGAAGUGGUCGACAAAGGCUUUGACGCUCCAUGGGUAUGCUGAUGAAAGGUCACACGCUGUAUUGCAAGAGCGAUUGUUCCUAGACAGGAUUUCACAUUGA